AUGGCGGUCGCAACGGAGUCACCUUCACCUAUUCAGGCCCUUGCUGGUCUGGGCCAGAACAAGAACACAAAGACCUUGCUCAGGGUCCUCAUCCUCGGCUUCAUCGCAGCUGCCGCUGUAGCUAGCCGUCUCUUCUCAGUCAUUCGUUUCGAGAGUAUCAUUCACGAAUUCGAUCCCUGGUUCAACUUUCGAGCUACAAAGUAUCUGGUUGCCAAUGGUUUCUACAACUUCUGGGACUGGUUCGAUGACCGAACUUGGCACCCCCUUGGUCGAGUUACCGGUGGUACUCUGUACCCCGGUCUCAUGGUCACCAGCGGUGUCUUUUACCACCUCCUCCGAUUCCUCUCUGUCCCCGUCGAUAUUCGCAACAUCUGUGUCCUUCUGGCACCCGCCUGCUCCGGCUUGACGGCCUAUGCCGCUUACCUUCUCACCAAUGAGAUGACAACCUCGCCUUCCGCCGGCCUCCUCGCCGCCGCCUUCAUGGGCAUUGCCCCCGGUUACAUUUCUCGAUCCGUCGCCGGUUCAUACGACAACGAGGCCAUUGCCAUCUUCCUUUUGGUCUUUACCUUUUACCUGUGGAUCAAGGCUCUGAAGCUGGGCUCCGUCUUGUGGGCUUCGCUGUGCGCCCUCUUCUACGGCUACAUGGUGUCCUCGUGGGGUGGAUACGCCUUCAUCACCUGUCUGAUACCUCUCCACGUUUUUGCCUUGCUCUUGAUGGGCAGAUACAGCAGCAGACUCUACGUCUCCUACACCACCUGGUACGCUCUUGGUACAAUUGCCAGCAUGCAGAUUCCGUUUGUCGGUUUCGCGCCUGUCCGUACCAGUGAGCACAUGCCGGCCUUGGGUGUCUUUGGAUUCCUCCAGAUUGUAGCUUUCCUGCUAUACGUCAAAUCUGCAGUGCCUAGCGAGCAGUUCUCGGGGUUCCUCAAGGUGGCAAUCGGCGCAAUGUUUGUUGUCGGUGUCCUCGGUAUCGUUGGACUGACCUCGGCUGGCUACAUUGCCCCUUGGUCUGGUCGAUUCUACUCCCUCUGGGAUACCAGCUAUGCCAAGAUUCACAUUCCCAUUAUUGCAUCCGUGUCCGAGCACCAGCCUACCGCCUGGCCUGCCUUCUUCUUCGACUUGAACAUGCUCAUCUGGCUGUUCCCUGCCGGAGUUUACCUUUGCUUCCAGAAGCUCGAGGACCAGCACGUCUUUAUCGUGGUGUACGCCGCGUUCGGAAGUUACUUUGCUGGAGUCAUGGUGCGACUGAUGCUUACGCUCACUCCCGUUGUUUGUGUCGCCGCAGCCAUGGCCGUUUCUCAGCUGCUCGACACGUACCUAGUUGCCGACUCUCCCGCUCCUGUCGAGGAAGUUUCCGAGGAAGCCGCUGAAGCCGCCGCCGCUUCUAAGAAGAACAAGGGUGGCCUGCGCAUUACCUCUUCUCCUUACAUUGGCAUCUACAGUGUCGCGUCCAAGGUUGUUGUCGCUGCAGCCAUGACUCUCUACCUUCUUCUCUUUGUUCUUCACUGCACUUGGGUCACGUCCAAUGCCUACUCUAGCCCUUCAGUCGUGCUCGCUAGUAAGAUGCCCGAUGGAAGCCAGCACAUCAUUGACGACUACCGCGAGGCCUACCAGUGGCUCCGUCAGAACACCAAGGAGGAUGCCAAGAUCAUGUCGUGGUGGGACUAUGGCUACCAGAUUGGUGGCAUGGCAGACCGCCCCACCCUGGUCGACAACAACACCUGGAACAACACUCACAUUGCCACCGUCGGCAAGGCCAUGAGCUCUCGAGAGGAGGUCAGCUACCCCAUCAUGCGCCAGCACGAGGUUGACUAUGUUUUGGUCGUCUUUGGUGGUCUCCUUGGAUACUCUGGAGAUGACAUUAACAAGUUCCUCUGGAUGGUCCGAAUUGCCGAGGGCAUUUGGCCCGAUGAGGUAAAGGAGAGAGACUUCUUCACCCAGCGUGGCGAGUACCGCGUUGACGAGGGAGCCACUGACACCAUGAAGAACAGCUUGAUGUACAAGAUGUCCUACUACAACUACAACAGCCUGUUCCCCCCCGGACAGGCUGCUGACCGUGUACGUGGUGUCAGACUCCCUGAUCAGGGCCCAGUUCUCAACUCGGUUGAGGAGGCCUUUACCAGUGAGAACUGGAUCAUCCGUAUCUACAAGGUCAAGGACCUUGACAAUGUUGGUCGUGACCACGGUGCUGCUGCAGCAUUUGAGCGCGGACACAAGAAGAAGAAGGCCACCAAGAAGCGCGGUCCCAGAGUUCUGAGAGUUGAUUAG